AUGUCGGAGCCUGAGGAGGAGCUGCAGGAGGAGCAGAGAGACAACACGAAGAAGAAGAAGAAGAAGAAAGAGCAGCGGAGCGGGAAGAAGAAGAAGAAGGAGAAGCAGGAACAUGAGGAGCAGGUGGAGGUGGAGGUGGAGGAGCAGAGUGAGUGUGUUGUGCUGCGUGGGAUCUUCAAACUGGGCAAGAAGAGUCACGACGUCUUGCUCACGCGAACCAGGCUGACCUGGACCCCCAUCAUCCCGGAGACCCCCACAGGUGAUGUGUCCAUGCUGCAGCCAGGUGUGGUUCUGCUGCAGGACGUGUUUGCGGUGAAGGUGAAGCGUCGGCGAGCGGCGAGCCAGCAGUCGGGCGGACCGGUGCUCGGCGUGGCGGUCUUCUAUGGCAGGAGGAAAGGGAGGAGGCUGGAGGAGGACACGCUGCACCUCCACAACGCCUCCGCAGAGCACACAAACACCUGGUACAACACCCUGAAGGAGCUGCUCACAGGGUUCAGCAGUCGUCCCAGGUACGUGAAGGUGUUCAUCAACCCCAGCAGCCACAAGAAGGAGGCCGUUCACAUCUACAGAGAACACGUGGCUCCUCUCUUCAAGAUGGCCGACGUCCGCACUGACAUCACCGUAACAGAGAGGAAGGGUCAUGCUCUCUCAGUGAUGAAGGAAUGCAAACUGGAUGAAUAUGAUGGGGUGGUGUGUGUGGGUGGGGACGGUUCGGUGGCGGAGCUAUGCCACGCUCUGGUCCUCAGAGCUCAGCUGGAUGCAGAUUCUCCAGUAAAACCAGUGAAAGCAGUGCUGCCUCUGGGAAUCAUUCCUGCUGGUUCUACAGAUGUGGUUUCCUGUUCGGUUCAUGGAGUCAGAGAUCCAGUCACUGCAGCCCUGCACAUCGUCCUGGCCCCGCCUCCUUCGCCUCUGCCCACCUCCUCUCAGUGUGUCAAUGUUUUGAUGUCAUGUUUAAAAACUAAAUCUGAUCCCCUGUUUCUCAGAGACCAAGACCCAGACCUGGACCCAGAGCCAGAAGGAGAGGAGUCCUGGACGACCAAUCAGGGCCUAUAUCUGAGCAUUAGCAUCAUGUCCAUCCCCUGUCUGAGUCCACACGCACCUCAAGGACUGGCUCCAAACACCAGUGUGGCCAAUGGCAGCGCGGCGCUGAUCGCAGUCGGAAACACUUCCAGGUCAGAGUUCAUCAAACACCUAAAGAGAUACAGCAGCUCUAGUGGACAGUUCAGCUUCUCCUUCGUGGAGACACACUCUGUUUCUGCGGUGAGGAUCCGGCCCCGCUUGCCGACCGGCUGGUCGGAGGAGGAGAGCGAGGAGGAGGGCGACCCCAGAACCACACCCAUCAUCCAGGCAGAGGGAACCGCCUUCCCCUGGAACAUUGAUGGAGAGCUGGUGGAGAUCGCCAACGAAGUGGUCAUCAGGGUCCACCCAAGACUCAUCACUCUGUAUGGGGAAGAAGUAGAUGAGGCCGAGUCGACCGUCUCCUGCAGCUGCAUCUAAGGACAACGGAGGGUGAUGCUGCUCUCCAUGUUUAGUGGAACCAAGACAUGUCACUAUGGUAACACA